AUGCCAUUCUCCACCAAAAUGACCCCGACACCUCCUUCUACAAACUCCUCGAGUGCUGGCCACUCUCCAGAUUACAGAGUCGUCCGGAAACGAAACCGGGUACCUUUGUCAUGUGGGCCUUGUCGGCACAGAAAGCUGAAAUGCAAUCGUACGAAUCCUUGCGAAAACUGCAUCAAACGAGGAGAUGCUGCUUCAUGUAAUUACGCGCAGCCCAACUCGCGCAAAAAGAACUCAUCUCAGCAGUCGUCCAAUACACCGGAUGAUAUGCAAAACCGCAUCGAUCGGUUAGAAGGCUUGGUUCUUUCGUUAAUGACAAACGGCUCUCAGUCUGCGGGUCCGGCUGCUGCAAUGGCGGCGCUCUCCGGGGAAAGUAGUGGGGGUUCGACUCGGUUCUCCCAUGACCUCGAUAUCGAAGAGGAGGGUAUGGAGGGCGCUGAAGAGAGUGAAACGGACCAGGUGACGAAGUCAUUUGGUAUCAUGAAGAUGGACAAUAACAAGUCUUAUUACAUCAGUGACGCUCAUUGGGCGUCUGUAUUGAAUGAUAUCUCCGAGGUGCGAAGUUUCUUCACAACGCACAAGAAGCAAAUAGAUGAGCAACUUGAGAAAGUCAAAGCGGCCCGACCAGUUACUGAUACACCAGGCUCGACUAUGUUGUUUGGUAUCAAUAAACCGAUGAGCCGUUCCGAGAUCAUGACUGGCUUGCCUUCUAAGUAUACAACCGACAUUCUUAUUGCUCGCUAUUUCAAUUGCUAUGACCCUGCAACCCAUGUUCUUCAUGGGCCCACCUUCCAAGCACAGUAUAAUAAACAUUGGGAGGAUCCUGCCGCGACCGAGCUCGUUUGGAUUGCCAUGCUCUUUGCAAUGAUGAGAUUGGCAAUGCUAUCUUACCACCGCGAAGGCGAUGAGCCACCUGAAUUCCGGGGCAAGUCCAUGGACAUGGCUGGGGGAUUCCGAAAUUCUGUAGCACAGUGCUUGACAUUGGCUGACUACACGAAACCUCACCCCUUUUUGAUUGAAGCGCUUGUGUUUCAUUUGCAUGGCGAUUACUCUCAGACCCGAGAGGCGGACAUCUCGAUCUGGGUCAUGACUGGCGUUGUUGUUCGCCUAGCAAUGCGAUCGGGAUACCACCGUGACUCCAAAAUGUUCCCAAACAUCACACCUUUCCAGGGUGAGAUGCGACGGCGAGUGUGGACCUUUGUGCGCCAAGCCGACCUUCUAUUCUCAUACCAGGUCGGGUUGCCGGGCAUGAUCCGGGGUACAGAUAGCGAUACCGAGCUACCACGGAAUUUGUACGAUGAUGAUUUCGAUGAAGACUGCAAGGAGCUUCCGCCCCCCGCGCGCCUGUCGUAUGCAUUCGGUCGUGUGGUUGAACAAAACUCUGCUGUCUCGUCGGCGCCAUACGAAAAGGUGAUGGAAAUCGACGCGGAACUCCGACAGGCAAGGGACUUGAUCCCUGAGCACUUGCAUAUUCGGCCUAUGGAGGAGUGCCAGUUGGAUCCUAUUAAUAUUAUCAUGUCGCGAUUUGACGUAAUGGCCGUAUACAACAAAGCUCAGUGUGUGCUUCAUCGCCCGUAUCUGGUUCGCGCUCGAGAAAAUCCUCGUUUCACCUAUUCUCGAAGGACAUGUAUCGACUCAGCAAUGGAGUUAUUGCAAGUCCAGGCGAUCCUGCACGCGGAAACGCGCAACGGACGCCUCCGCAGUCGCCAGAGCCGAGUAACUUCCCUCAGUUCAGCCGACUUCUUGCUAGCAGCCACCAUUGUUAGUCUCGACCUAUACCAUGGCCUGUCAUUGCAGGUGAGCGGCCGGCCAUCGGGAGACACGUACACAUGGGGCCGAGAGCGGCGCGAUGAAAUGACUGCCGCGAUCCAACUCUCGAAAGAAAUUUGGGAUGAGUCGUGUGAUGAGAGCAUGGAAGCAUGGAAAGCAUCCAGCGUUCUGGGUGUGAUGCUCAGCAAGCUGCAAAUGUCGGUCCCAGGCCAUGAAAAUAGCGCUGGAGCUGCUUUUGAGCCUCAAGAUGAGAAGCAGAAUGCGGCAAUGACCCUCGGACUGCUGAGCAGCGGAAUGAGCCCGAUGAACCCGGGCCCUCCACCAUUUGCUGAUCCCAUGUUCAAGAUGGGAGAUUCGCCAAUGGGAACAGGAGCAGGUGGCGCGGGCGCCUCGGCCGAAAUGCCGGGUGUGCUUUCACCCUUUAGCAGCAUGUUCGGGCAGAUGCCAGACAUGCAGGUUAAUCUGGAUUGGGAUGCUUGGGACACAUACAUCCAAAACCCAACCCUCGACACAACCAAUCAAUUCUGGCCUAUGAUUGAUGCACAGCGCCAAGCAACCCCACAGUCUGGAGGCAUGUCACAGCCUUCAGUAUCUAGUUCUCUGACCUCAGGGCGGGUGCCAUCAAUUAGUGGUCUUCCACGGCAACCGACAAUGUACUCAGCAUCCUCCAACAGUCCCGAUAGUGGAGGUGUACCAUUAACAGGAUACGGCAUGACGCCAAUGCCUCAACAAAACGAUGGCCGGGGCCAAGGUCCCCAAUGA